AUGUCUUCUUCAUCUUCAGAUGAAUGGGAAGAACGACGUUAUCAACAAAAUCGUCAAAUUGAUCGCAUUAUUGACGAUAUGCUCAUAAACAAUCCCAAUCUUAUUUUAGGAACUUCUUCUUCCACUAAUAAAAAAAGGUAUUGUGAUAGGGAACGUGAAGUUGGUGAGCAACGUUUGAUGAGUGAUUAUUUUGUCCCUAAUCUAACGUAUACUCCGGAGCUCUUCCGGCGUAGAUUUCGCAUGCAAAAAUCAUUGUUCCUUCGUAUAGUAGAUGCUGUUACUGCUAACGACGAAUAUUUUCAACAGAGACCCGAUUGCACUGGUAGGCAAGGCCUUUCACCACUACAAAAAUUCACUGGAGCUAUGAGGGUGUUGGCUUAUGGAACCGCAACCGAUGCCGUUGAUGAAUACUUACGAAUGAGUUCAACAGUCACGAGGGAUGCUGUCAUUCAUUUCGUAGAAGGUAUCAUUUCUUGCUUUGGUGACACAUACCUUAGAAGGCCCAAUCAACAAGAUUUGCAAAGACUACUCUAUGUUGGAGAACAACGUGGUUUCCCCGGCAUGAUUGAAAGUAUUGAUUGCAUGCAUUGGGAAUGGAAGAACUGUCCUACUGCCUGGGCUGGUUCGUGCAAUGAUAUCAAUGUACUUCAUCGAUCUCCCAUUUUUAGUGAUAUUUUAGAAGGUAGAGCACCUAAUAUAAGUUAUGUGGUCAAUGAUCGUCAAAAUGAUAGAGCUUAUUAUCUCACUGAUGGCAUAUAUCCCUCUUCGACUGCAUUUGUUAAGACAAUUUCAAGUCCAGUGCUCCGAAAGCACAAGUUGUUCGCUCAACACCAAGAGGCUGUAAGAAAAGAUGUCGAGAGAGCCUUCGGAGUUCUACAAGCUCGAUUUGCAUUUAUUCGAUGUCCUUGUCUCAUUUGGGAUAGGAUUUUGAUGGGAAAAAUUAUGAUGGCUUGUAUCAUCAUGCACAAUAUGAUAGUGGAAGAUGAACGAGACACAUACCAAAACAAUUAUGAUCCCACAGAAUUUUUGAUGGAUUUACCUGUAGAUGAAGAUGUAUAUAUUCACUUCUCAACUGAUAGAAUUGCAAGUUUGUCUAAUUACAUGAUCAACAGGGAUCGACUUCGCAAUAGCGAAGCUCACAAAGCUCUUCAGAAGGACUUAAUUGAGCAUAUAUGGGCAAAAUUCGGCACGACUAAUUGA